AUGGUUAUCACAGUAAAGCCAGAAGGUGCUGAAUAUGACUAUAUUAUAUGCGGAGGUGGGACGUCCGGCGCCGUUGUUGCAGCAAGAUUGGCAGAAGACCCCAACAAUUCUGUUCUAGUCAUCGAAGCAGGAGAGCAUAAUUCUCUUCUCGAGAACACUAUUAUGGUCGGUGGAUGGUCACAGAAUUUCGACACGGAAGCAGACUGGAACAUUUCCACGGAACCAAAUAGGGGGAUUAACAAUCGCCAAAUCAAAGCCAGUCGUGGCAAGUUCCUUGGUGGAUCGAGCGGAGUUAACGGUACAUUGUGUAUCAGGGGCACACCACAAGACUACGAUGACUGGGAAAUGCCAGGAUGGAGUGGAGAGGAAGUUUUUGGAUACAUGAAGAAGGCAGAGAACUUCCAUAACAAAGACUGGUUUGAAGCAAAUGAUUCGGCACAUGGUCACGAUGGUUUGCUGGAUGUUGAGCCUCAUGAUCUGGCCCCUAUAUCUAACAUGAUUUUGGAUUCAAUGGCCGAUCAAGGUCUUCCACUUCAUCCAGAUAUGUUCUCAACUGGCGAGACUCCAAAUGGUUGUGGCCAUGCACCAAGGAGUGUGUAUAAAGGAGAUAGAACUACCUCGGCCAACUAUUUCAUCAACAAAGGAUCAAACCUUGCGAUAAAAACUAGCACAAUUGUCGAUAAAGUGAUUCUCGAAAGCCAUGCGUUCCCUCAUGAGCUGAAAGCUGCAGCUGUAAAAGUAAUCGAGAAAGAUGGAACAGUGAAAGAGAUCCGAGCCAAGAAAGAGGUCAUCAUUAGUGGAGGAGCCUAUUGCUCUCCAACCAUUCUUAUGCGAUCAGGGAUUGGAGCAAAGUCCGAGCUUGAAUCUCAUGGUAUUGACUGUCAAAUUGACCUCCCUGGAGUUGGGAAAAAUCUUAUGGAUCACAUGAUUGUGUUCAUGUUUUACGAAACAACCAAGCCAAAUGUUACCAAUGAUUACCUCUUGUAUCGUCCAAAUGCUUUGGGUGAAGCUUACAGACAAUGGAAAGAAGAGAAGCGUGGACCUCUCUCUACCUUUCCUUUUGGUGCAUUCGCAUAUUCUCGCCUUGAUGAGCGUCUUGCUUCGGAACCAGCUUGGACUUCAGCACCACGACAACCAGGCCGAGAUCCAAUGGGACUAACCAAAUCACAACCAAAUGUGGAGUUCUUUACUACAGAAUGCUACGGUGGCCCAAAACACUACACUCAAUUUCCAGACGGAGAAAAAUCCCAUGCCUUUUCCAUCAUUGCUGAAUUAUUCGCACCUAAGAGUAGAGGUACCGUCACUUUAAAGUCCAAAGAUCCAAAGGAUAACCCGGUUGUCGAUCACAAUUACCUAAGUGAAGAGCUGGAUAUCGUGGUUCUCAGCGAGGCGUGCAGAUAUGCGAAUGAGAUUAUUAUGAAAGGGAAAGGUACCAAGGACAUAGUUGAGGGAAGUUGGCCUAAAGACUUGACGCAUCAUGCAUACACAUCAAGAGAGCAAUGGGUCCCUUAUAUCAAAGAUAACGCUACAACCUGUUACCACCCUGGAGGAACAGUCAAAAUGGGCAAGGCAUCGGACCCAAUGGCAGUUCUCGAUGAAGAACUGAGAGUUAGAGGAGUCAGGAAUCUUAGAGUUGCCGAUACAAGUGUCAUGCCACUUCUUAAUCAAGGACAUACUCAAAUGCCUGCAUAUGCUAUUGGCGAGAAGGCAGCAGAUUUGAUAAGGGGUGUCGAGGAUUUAGAUUUGGCGGCAUUGAAGUUGGAGAGGUAUGACUCAAAGCUCGAUACCAAUUGA